AUGGCUUACACAAUGUGGACUUCGGGAUCAACUGGAGAACCAAAGACGGUGCAGGUGCCCCACUGUUGCAUCGUACCUAACGUGCUUCACUUUAGGGAGAUUUUCAACAUCACGCCGGAGGACGUCAUUUGUGGGCCGUGUCCUCUGACCUUCGAUCCCAUUGUGAUACAAAUGUUCUUGGCGUUGACAUCGGGAGCGACCCUACUCCUCCCGUCCGAUGUUAUCGGGGAGAGACCUUCAGAGAUUGUUAAGCUUGUGACGGCCCACAAAGUUAGCUUCCUGCAGGCAACUCCUAGCUUCUUCUUCACCAUCGGAGCCGACAUCGUGAAGAAAUCCCUGCUGUCCCAGGACACGAGCCUUCGAAUCCUUGUUCUGAUAGGCGAAGAGUGUCCUCCAGUUAGCGUGCUCAAGCGCUGGAAGAGCAAUGGAAAUGCGACGGAGUUCUUCAACGUGUACGGCAUCACCGAGGUGUCGUGUUUUGCCACCUGCCAAAAAAUUGAUUUCGGAACAGAUGGCGCUGUCCCCCUCGGCGAUCCGUUAGAUGGAACCUUACUCGAAGUGCGGAACGAUUCAGGGGAAGUCAUUGAAGAAGGGGAAGGCACGCUUUUCAUCGGUGGAACCAACCGCCGGUGUCUCGUGGGCAACGAGACGUGGCGAGACGUCGACCCGGUACUCUUUCGAGACUCUGGCGAUCGAGUGAAAAAAUGCGGGAACGUCUUGACGUUCCUAAAUAGGAACGACUCGAGCUUCCAGUACAAUGGCCGGAAGGUGCGCGGUGGUCCCGCGACAGCCAUCCUGCUCCGCUCGCCUUCCGUCGAAAGCUGUCGGACCCACUUCUCGAAGGAAGAAAAGAUGCUGUACAUCUUCGUCAAGCUGUCGCCCGGCUGCCUUGCCGAAGACGCCCUGCCCUCCCUGACCAAAAGCAUCGAGACGGAGUGCCUCUGCCCGUUCGAAAUCCUCCCGUUGAACUCGUCGCCGAUGAACACACACGGGAAACUCGACCUUAAAGCGCUGCUUAAAACAACUUCAAAGAAGAUGAAUCAUGCUGCUGCAUACAAUCGGCUUCUGUCCACCUUGUGGAAGAAAUUCACCACCAGGACAACGGACAUCAUUGAUCCACAGGAAAACUUUCUUCAGAACGGAGGAAGUACCCUGAGGGCUUCCACCAUCUGUCAAGAGAUGGAGUUCGCUACAAAGCGCCCCCUGCCACUUUUGGCCGGCAAGCUUUUGCAUGAAACGUUCGGGGAAGUCAACGCUUACCUGAACGAAAUCAUCGAAGGAACCAUUCCACGAGAUUUCGGUUUGAAAGGUUAAGUUGCUUAAUUAAAGCGACACUAAAGUAAACUUUGAGAUCUUGUUUUUAUGGCAAUAAUUCAAUCGACGCGCGCCCUGCGUCUCUGAAAUUAUAAUUGUGAUCACGCAUCACAUUUUAUGCAAUUAGAAAUACGACCAGAAAUUCAUGACACACCCUUUUUUCUAGAUAUCUCAGAAAAAGGGGCGCGUCGCAAUGCUUCAUCGCAUUUGAUUAGGCUAAAGUAUAGCGCACGAUUGUAAUGUUGGAUUUUCUAGGGUGCUUAGGGUGACUUGAUUGGGGUUGCGCUAUAAAUAGACGAUCUCAAAAACACUUUAGUGCUCCUUUAAUUUGAGUGACUAGAGCCGUUUAUGUUGCUUAGGUUGCAUAAUGUGGUUAGGACGCAUAAGAAGCUUGGGUAGCAUAGGCUGUUUACGUUACUUAAAGGGGAAGCUCUGGUCGGAAUCAAAAAACAAAAUAAAUUACUCGUAUCUGUUUAUUUGCACGAAAUAUGAUCACAGCCGAAAUAUUACGUAAAAGUGAAGCCGCGUAUUCCCCUAAAAUCACUUUUAGAGAUGCACCGAGCUGCUCUUUAGUGAAUGGCAGGCGGGUUAGCUUUUCGUCAAGGAACACUGGGUGGCGCAUCCAGGUGACGUCACGUCGCUGUGAAGCUGCGGUUGAUUCCGCACGUUGUACAGCGUACCACAGCACCGCGGUGACGUCACGAAGCGGCCGUACGGCUGAUGAUCAGGGUUGCCAUCUCUCUAGCAGAUGUAUAGUUUCGGUUUUGCCGUAGACGUCCGAAACAAAACUUCGAGCCGCGAUAUUUAGGAAACUAAACAAAAUACCGAGAAAAAAAUAUACUUUCUUAAUCAGGGAGACUGCAGGGGCUGAAAACAGUCGUAAUACCCAAUUCGACAAUUUGGGCAGGAGUUGCCCUUUAAGCUGCUUAGCUUCCAAAGAAUGCUGAAGUUUCUUAAGCUUCUUAAGUAGAUUAUACUGCAAA